AUGGCUAGUGAGGAGAGUUUUGUUGUGUUGGUUCACCACAGAGGAUCCAUUAAGAGGAAAACUCGUUCCGGAGUGAAGUUCACAGAUAAAGAUCCUCUCUGUAUUGUCGUAACUCCUCGAACUAGCUAUGACGACCUUGUUAGAUCGGUACUGAUGAAGCUCGGUCUGGAAGAUGCAAAGCGGGUAAUGUUUCUUUGUCGACGGCAGUUUCCGGAGGUCAGGACCCCAGAGUUGUUGGCAAAGCUGGUUGAUGUGGUAUCCAGCUCAGGGGGUUCGAACCGGAAUACCACCACUUUAGCCACACAAGCCGGUUCUAGUUCCCGGCCUGCCGUUGCUUCUUCCUCCGUCCCUGUCUACCAGCCAGUGGUCCAAGCUGUCGCCUCCCUGUCUUUUGCUGUUGAUCUCAAUGGCAGCGUUGGUGAAGACGUACGUUCAAGGAAAAAUCUGCCGGACGAUUUACUCGGCGUUGCACCGAUUGGCAUUGGAGACGGAGUGUUGGGUGAUGCAGAUAAGGAUGAUGUCGAGCCGGAUAUGAUUGAUGAUUACAGCGGCGAUGAUAUUGGAGCGACUGAGCCUGCAUUGGCGGGGGGUGGUUCUAGCACUGGCACACAACAGUAUCCACCACAUUUUUUCUCUUUGGACUUGGAUGCCAUGAGGCAGGAGGGGAUUUCUGGGCACUCUGUUGGAUUCAGAGCUAGAGAUGCGGAAGGGACUGCUGGUCUGAUAGAGUUCCAGUACAAGGUAGUGGAGUCCGAUCAUCGCCGGUAUGUGGGCAAGUGCUCCGAGUUUGGGAAUAGGUGCACAUGGUUGAUUCGGCUGAGUCUCCGGAAGCGCAAGGGCAUUUGGGAGGUCAAACGGUACAAUGGACGUCACACUUGCCUGGCCACAUCCAUCUCGAGUGACCACAGGAGUUUGGAUUAUCAUGUGAUUUCGGCGUUCAUUAUGCCAAUGGUUAGGGCUGAUGCAUCCGUCAGCGUAAAAGUGCUCCUGAACGCCACCGCAGCACACUUUGGGUUUAGGCCGACUUACAGGAGGGUCUGGAUGGCAAAGCAAAAGGCUAUUGCCCUCAUCUACGGUGAUUGGGAUGAGUCAUACAACGAGAUACCUAGGUGGGUGUUGGGUGUCCAGCUGACGAUGCCUGGUACUGUUGCAGUCCUAAGGACGAGCCCCGUUCGAGUUGGAGGACAGGUGGACGAGUCUCAAGCGUAUUUUCACAGACUUUUCUGGACUUUUCCACCUUGCAUCGAGGCAUUCCGUCAUUGCAAGCCGCUAAUCAGCAUCGACGGCACCCAUCUGUAUGGCAAGUACGGGAGAAUGUUGCUCAUCGCAAUUGCACAGGACGGAAACUCCAACAUUCUACCUGUUGCAUUCGCACUAGUAGAGGGUGAGAAUGCUGAGUCCUGGACAUUCUUUCUCUCCCACCUUCGUCAGCACGUGACACCGCAGCCGGGUCUGCUGGUUAUAUCAGACAGGCAUAACGGCAUCAAGGCUGCGCUAGAGGCUCCUGAUGGAGGUUGGUUACCUCCAUCUGCAUACCGCGCAUUCUGCAUUCGACACGUAGCUGCUAAUUUUGCCCUAACCUUCAAGGGCAAAGAUGCACGGAGGCUUCUUGUGAAUUCGGCGUAUGCCAAGACCGAGGUUGAGUUUGAUUACUGGUUUGAUAUACUACGGUCUGAAGACCCGGCGAUGUCAUCGUGA